UUUCAGCAAGGACACCCCUGGAAAACCUGUGGCCCGGAGCAAGACCAUGCCCCCUCAGGUGCCUCCCCGAACCUAUGCCUCCCGCUAUGCCAACCGGAAGAAUGCGACACCAGGCAAGAACCGCCGGAUUUCUGCUGCUCCGGUGAGGACCUCACUGUAUUUCUUCUGUUCCCCUUUUCCCAUGUCAUUCAGAAACAAGGACCAGGCCCUCUUCUUUGCUGUUCCAAGUUCAAAUCUGCCAAGUACUCACCCUUUAGUCCUCUCCUCCCCUCUUCUGCCAUCGGGAAUCUGGGCCCUGGUGGGUAAAGGUCCAAGGUGGGCUUGAUUGUGUUGUGGGGGGGGCAGGAGAGGGACACCAGUAAAGAAGAAAUGGGCACGAGCCCAGACUAUGUCACCUACAUCAGAUUAUUGAUGAAUCUCUCUUCGUGUCUCUUAGCCAAAAGAGACUUUCUGGGGUUAGGAGCUUUGGAACCCUGGUUCCUAGCAUGUGCUGACCUCAUCAUGUAAGGACUAUACCAGGAGUUAGGGGAUUUGUCACUAACUCUGGGUGAAUGGCCCUGUGGACUUAAGCAAGUUGUUUCCGGUGCCUGAGGCCCUGCUCUGACAAAGCGCUGUGCAACCUCGAGGCUCAUUCAUAAUAUCAGCCACUUGUUUAGUGCUCACUGAAUACCAGAUCCCGAUCCAGGUCUCCACAACAACCCUGCCUGAUGGUCCAAAGCCCCACGUCAAGACAUGGCAGAGCUGGCAUCCAACCCUGGUCUCCCUGUCCCAAAGCCCCCCUCUUCUCCUCCUCUUCCUCCCUCUCCCUCUCCCUCUGUGCCCAACCUCCCCUGUCUGUCCCUUUUGUUGUGGUAAGAACUACAGAACACAAGACUUAACCAUCUUAACCAUUUUUAAGUGUACAGUUCAUUGUACCAAGUACAGUCGCAUAUUGUGUGUGUCUUCACUGCUAUCCAUCCCACCCACUCUUUUCCUAGUGAAAAUAUUUAGAAAAAACAUAGAAUCAUGAGAGUAAUUUGACUUGCAUCACUAUGUAGUAUAAAGUAGCAAAGUCUCUCCGUUUCGCCCCAGGUGGGCUCCAGGGCAGCUUUGGUCUGUUUCUGGCUGAGAGAAGUGUGUCCACAGCAUCUCCAUGGGUGGGACCUAAAGCCUGCCUUGUGUGUCACCCUUGGCCCUGCCCACCGUGGCCUCAAGGUGUCAGGCGUCCUCCCCCAGGGCUGACGACUUCUGUGGCUCUUCAUUCCAUCCCCGUUUCCUCCUUAUCCAUUGUCCAAGGGGCACUGGGGCUUUCCCACCUCACACCCAGCCUUUGGGAUCCAUCCCAGUUCUGAAGAGCUACUCAGUCCUUCCUUCCUCUGCUGAGAGAGUCCCCCCAAAAGCAGAACCAGCUCCUGGGAUAAGCCACCGCUCCAGAGCUCAGGGCUUUUUAAAGGCCCUGCUCUGAGAGGUGGGGCUGCUCCCGCUAUUUAUAGGGACUGGGAGAUUCCUGUUCCUUGCUCAGAGCUGGGCCUUGCUCAGGCCACCCUGGGAGGUGGUCAGCUCUGUCCUCUCUCCUGCCUCCUCUACUCCUUCACCCUUCCCCCAUCCUGAGUGUCAUCAGAGUUCUAAGAGGGAGCCCUGGCUGAAGGCUCCUUGAAGAAGCACGGGCAGAGCAAACGUCUCUUGCCAAUUUGGAGGGGAAAUGCGGCCUUGGUCCUCCCCACCUCAGCUGGGGGCAGGGGCUCAGCCCGCCGGGAGGGGGGAUCCCUUGGGCCCUCAGCCUGUACCCCCACCCCGCCUUCGCCGGGCUUCCAGCCGGAGGGACCCUCAUCCCAGGCCUGCUGAGCCAUCUCUGGAAAUGGUUGGCUCCAAAUGCCAGCCUGGUACCCCCGCUGCCAGCCUCUGCCUGGCAGACUCCCCCAGCCAGCAUCGGGAGAUGGCACCAGGGCCUGCCAGCCGGGCAAACGUGGUCUCCCGGCACCACACUGUUGCCAACGGCCACGAGUUGUUUGAAGUCUCAGAGGAGAGAGACGAGGAAGUUGCCGCGUUUUGCCACAUGUUGGAUAUCCUUCGAUCUGGCUCUGAUAUCCAAGACUACUCCCUCACCGGAUAUGUCUGGAGCGCUGUAACCCCAAGCCCAGAACACCUUGGGGAUGAGGUCAACCUGAAGGUGACAGUGUUGUGUGACAGCCUUCGGGAGCCACUCACUUUCACCUGCAACUGCUCCUCCACAGUAGACUUGCUCAUCUACCAGACCUUGUGUUACACCCACGAUGAACUGAGGGAAGUGGACGUGGGGGACUUUGUACUAAAGCCCUGUGGGCUGGAGGAGUUCCUUCAGAACAAACAUGCUUUGGGCAGCCACGAGUAUAUCCAGUACUGCCGCAAGUUUGAUGUUGACAUCCGGCUACAACUCAUGGAACGGAAGGCCGUGCGCAGUGACCUGGCCAGGACGGUGAAUGAUGACCAGAGCCCCUCCACCUUGAACUACCUCAUCCAUCUGCAAGAGAGGCCAGUCAAGCAGACCAUCAGCAGGCAGGCCCUGAGUCUUCUGUUUGACACUUACCACAAUGAGGUGGAUGCCUUCCUGCUGGCUGAUGGGGACUUCCCGCUGAAGGCCGACAGGGUGGUCCAGUCUGUCAAGGCCAUCUGCAAUGCCCUGGCUGCUGUGGAAACCCCUGAGAUCACCAGCGCUCUCAACCAGCUGCCCCCCUGUGCCUCCCGCAUGCAGCCCAAAAUCCAGAAGGAUCCCAGCAUCUUGGCAGUGAGGGAAAACCGAGAGAAGGUCGUGGAGGCCCUGACUGCGGCCAUCUUGGACCUUGUGGAGCUGUACUGCAAUACCUUCAAUGCAGACUUCCAGACCGCAGUGCCUGGGAGCCGCAAGCAUGAUCUAGUCCAGGAGGCCUGCCAUUUCUCUGGGGCCCUAGCCUUCACUGUCUAUGCCACCCACCGUAUCCCCAUCACCUGGGCUACCAGCUAUGAAGAUUUCUACCUCUCCUGCUCCCUCAGCCAUGGCGGCAAGGAGCUGUGCAGCCCGCUGCAGACCCGAAGAGCCCACUUCUCCAAGUAUCUCUUCCACCUAAUCAUCUGGGACCAGCAGAUCUGCUUCCCAGUGCAGGUGAACCGGCUGCCUCGGGAGACCCUACUGUGUGCCACUCUCUAUGCUCUGCCCAUCCCCCCACCUGGGAGCUCCUCGGAGGCCAAUAAGCAGCGACGGGUACCUGAGGCGCUGGGCUGGGUCACUACCCCACUCUUCAAUUUCAGGCAAGUCCUGACCUGUGGCCGGAAGCUUCUGGGCUUGUGGCCAGCAACACAGGAAAACCCCAGUGCCCGCUGGAGUGCACCUAAUUUCCACCAGCCAGACAGUGUCAUCCUCCAGAUUGACUUCCCCACCUCAGCCUUUGACAUCAAAUUCACCAGCCCCACUGGAGACAAGUUCAGCCCCCGCUAUGAGUUUGGCAGUCUCCGAGAAGAAGACCAACGCAGGCUUAAGGACAUCAUGCAGAAGGAGUCCCUGCACUGGCUCACUGAUGCUGACAAGAAACGCCUGUGGGAGAAGCGAUAUUACUGCCACUUGGAGGUGAGCUCGCUGCCCCUGGUGCUCGCCAGUGCCCCCAGCUGGGAGUGGGCUUGCCUGCCCGACAUCUAUGCGCUCCUGAAACAGUGGACCCACAUGAACCACCAGGAUGCCCUGGGGCUCCUGCAUGCCACCUUCCCGGAUCAGGAGGUGCGCCGGAUGGCCGUCCAGUGGAUUGGCUCACUCUCAGAUGCUGAGCUGCUUGACUAUCUGCCACAGCUGGUGCAGGCCCUGAAGUAUGAGUGCUACCUGGACAGCCCUCUGGUGCGCUUCCUCCUGAAACGAGCUGUCUCUGACCUGAGAGUGACUCACUACUUCUUCUGGUUGCUGAAGGACGGCCUCAAGGACUCUCAGUUCAGCAUCCGAUACCAGUAUCUGCUGGCAGCGCUGUUGUGCUGCUGUGGCAAGGGACUGAGGGAGGAGUUUAACCGUCAGUGCUGGCUUGUCAACGCCCUGGCCAAGCUGGCCCAGCAGGUCCGGGAGGCCGCCCCAUCUGCUAGGCAGGGAAUCCUCCGCACCGGCCUGGAGGAGGUGAAGCAGUUCUUUGCCCUCAAUGGCUCAUGCCGCCUGCCACUCAGCCCCAGUCUGCUGGUGAAGGGAAUCGUGCCCAGAGACUGUUCCUACUUCAACUCCAAUGCAGUCCCCCUCAAGCUUGCCUUCCAGAAUGUGGAUCCACUGGGAGAGAACAUCCGGGUCAUCUUCAAGUGUGGGGAUGACCUUCGCCAGGACAUGCUCACCCUGCAGAUGAUUCGCAUCAUGAGCAAGAUCUGGGUCCAGGAGGGGCUGGACAUGCGCAUGGUCAUCUUCCGUUGCUUCUCCACUGGCCGAGGGAGAGGCAUGGUAGAGAUGAUUCCUAAUGCCGAGACUCUACGCAAGAUCCAGGUGGAACAUGGGGUGACCGGCUCCUUUAAGGACCGGCCCUUGGCAGACUGGCUGCAGAAACACAAUCCUGGAGAGGAUGAGUAUGAGAAGGCUGUGGAGAACUUCAUCUACUCCUGUGCUGGCUGCUGUGUGGCCACAUAUGUCUUGGGCAUCUGUGACCGACAUAAUGACAACAUCAUGCUGAAGACCACUGGUCACAUGUUCCACAUAGAUUUUGGCCGCUUCCUGGGCCACGCCCAGAUGUUUGGCAACAUCAAGCGGGACCGUGCCCCUUUUGUCUUCACCUCGGACAUGGCGUAUGUCAUCAACGGGGGUGACAAGCCUUCCAGCCGCUUCCAUGAUUUUGUUGACCUUUGCUGCCAAGCCUACAACCUCAUUCGCAAGCAUACCCACCUCUUCCUCAACCUUCUGGGCCUGAUGCUGUCCUGUGGGAUCCCCGAGCUCUCAGACCUGGAGGACCUCAAGUAUGUGUAUGAUGCCCUGAGGCCUCAGGACACAGAGGCCAAUGCUACCACCUACUUCACUAGGUUGAUUGAGUCCAGCUUGGGCAGUGUAGCCACAAAGCUCAAUUUUUUCAUCCAUAACCUGGCUCAGAUGAAGUUCACGGGCUCAGACGACCGGCUGACCCUUUCCUUUGCCCCCCGAACGCACACUCUAAAGAGCUCUGGCCGCAUCAGUGAUGUUUUUCUCUGCCGGCAUGAGAAGAUCUUCCACCCCAACAAGGGCUAUAUAUACGUGGUAAAGGUGAUGCGGGAAAAUGCCCACGAAGCCACUUACAUCCAGCGGACGUUUGAGGAGUUCCAGGAACUACACAAUAAGCUUCGGCUGCUCUUCCCUUCUUCCCUCUUGCCCAGCUUCCCGAGUCGCUUCGUGAUUGGCCGGUCCCGUGGAGAGGCGGUGGCAGAGCGAAGGAAGGAAGAGUUAAAUGGCUACAUCUGGCACUUGAUCCAUGCAGCCCCUGAGGUGGCCGAGUGUGAUCUGGUGUACACCUUCUUCCACCCCCUACCCCGGGAUGAGAAGGCUGCAGGCACCAGCCCAGCCCCUAAGUCCUCAGAUGGCACAUGGGCCCGGACUGUCGGGAAGGUGGGGGGGGAGGUGAAGCUGUCCAUCUCCUACAAAAACAACAAGCUCUUCAUCAUGGUGAUGCACAUUCGAGGCUUGCAACAGCUUCAGGAUGGGAACGACCCUGACCCCUAUGUGAAGAUUUACCUCCUUCCUGACCCCCAGAAAACCACUAAAAGGAAAACCAAAGUGGCCCGGAAAACCUGCAACCCUACCUACAAUGAGAUGUUGGUGUAUGAUGGGAUUCCCAAGGGAGACCUGCAGCAGCGGGAGCUCCAGCUGAGCGUGCUAAGUGAGCAAGGAUUCUGGGAGAACGUCCUCCUUGGGGAGGUGCACAUCCGCCUGCGGGAGCUGGACCUGGCCCAGGAGAAGACUGGCUGGUUCGCGCUGGGGUCUCGGGGCCAUGGGACCUUGUGAGCCCAUGGGAGCCACAGCCCAGGACCUCCAGCUGGUGACUGGACCUGGGGCAGUGGACUCUCCCCUGCUCUGCCGUUUAACUCGGGAAGGGGCGGCGUUCUUAGUGGGCCUCCUCCUCCGUCCAGGUGGACCUGGCCUCCAUGAGAAGAGGCAGGGAGAGUCGGGUGCUCUCUGCCAGCCCUUCCUCUGCGGACUGAGCUUGAGUUGCUGGUUUGUGCUGAGCAGCCCCUUGGAAGCUGAGAGGCUGCAGCAGAGUUUUAAGUUUACCUUGUGUCAAGGGAGCAAUGCCUGGUUUGGGGUGUGUGUGGGGUGGGCCGGACGAGGUAGCAUUUGAGGGGAGGGUGGGUGGAUAUCUUUAUUUUUAUUUUUAAAAAAUGAAAUAGUAAUGUUGUCCUAACUGGGACAGGAAGCUUUUUGCGAGAAGGGACGUACAUAUGCCUCAGAAGGCAAGAGGGCAAGACUCUUUGGACUUUUGUAUGGUUAAGGUUCUUAUUGGACUUUUCCCUAGGAUUUUUGUUUUUGUUUUUUUCUAGCUAUAGGAAUUAUUUGAGGAGGGGCCCAGUGGGUCUCAGUCAAUGCCUCCCCCUGUCUGAGGGCAGGUUGGAGAGGGACAGGGAGGGUGGUCUGUGCUGGACCGAGGCCUGCACCACUGGGCUGUUCUGAUUUUGCCUCCAAAGGAGAGCGACGCGAUACCUACAUGUGUAAGGAAGGGCCUUCCAUGUCGGGCUCCUGCCAAGGACCUGUAUUCAGGGACCCAUGCUCUGUAGGGGGAGGGGGUUUUCCCCAUCUCCCCUUCUCUGUUAGGACUCAGCCUGAAUACUGUCCCUCCCCCCGCCCCUCUAGCCCUCUUGGCCCUGCAGUGGGCCCUAGAGUCCCUGUGAAUACGCUGGGGGCACUUCCCCAUAGGUUUCUCCCUUUUUCCUAGUGGGGCAGAAUGGUGGGACACCCAAGGGUGCCCUGGCCCCAGGCGGAGGCCUCUAGGUGGCAGGUGCCAGGGCUGCUGCCUGCUGCUUAGUUUCUGAGGGCAUCCCCCCGUUUCCCCCCACUUCUUCCAGCCGAGCUGCUUCUCUUCCCAAAUUCAUUUCUGUCACGUUUUCUAAGAAUUUCCCUCCGUCUGUGGGGCCAUCAACCUACAUAGUCUGGAGCCAAAGGGAUGCCCACUCUGAAGCAAAGCAUCAUGGGGCAAGGGAUUCCACCCACCCCCUUAUUAUUCCCAGUGAUUGGUCAGGAGGCUCAUUGGGAGCCGUGGUUGUCACACUGGAGCUGAGCUCAGGGGCUGGGAGGGAGGGACCUGGGGCUCUUACCUCUCUAUACUCUUUAUUCCCUAACAGAUGGAUUUUAAAAUUCACUGUUGCGUUCCUCCCCCAAGGGUUGUCUUCCUUCAGAAAGAGAAAAGAGGGAGAGACUCUGGAUAUGAUAUUAAAUUUUUAAACCACACUUGGCUGGAUCUGCCCCAUGAGUGGGGAAAGGAGUGAAGAGGACAUUCUGCAAACUGUCCCCUACCAGCCUCCUCCCCAACUCCAAGGGUCAGAAAUUCCCUUUUUUUUCUGACUCUUUCCAUUGCCAAGAAAGAAGCUCCAUUCAUUGAAGCCACAGAACAGCAAGGAAGUUUCAAUCUUUGUCUUACAUUUUAAAAGCCAGGGAUAAGCUGGCUGCAGAGGAGACAGGCUGGGGGAGAGGGAAACGGCAGAACUAUUCCAGAUGUAUGGACCAUAAAUGUUACUGGCUUUUUGCCCGUAGCACAUUUUGACUCUACGCUCCUGAUGUAAAGAGGUCUGUGUACUGUACCCACUUCCCAAACCCCUUGUAUCUUCUACUUUCUCUGGAAUUGUAUUUUCUAAUAAAUGACAUUUGAGAAAAACGAAA